AUGUCUGCUAAUACAAUUACCCGAUCGAUCGAGAUCGGACUUCGGAUAGUCGGCAUCUGGCCAGGCGCGACCUACGCGAUCAUCAGUCGACUUUUCUGGACCACGACGAUGAUAGUCGCACAGAUCUUUCAGUAUCGCCACAUGGCGAUGCAUCUUAAUUCCGAGGACAUUUCACAGCUGAUGGAUGGUUUAAGCGCGACGCUGUCAUACAGUUUAUUAUGUGUCAAGUUGAUUGUUUUCUGGACAAAACAACGCAACAAUGAUAUCGAUAUCCAUCUUCUCAUCUUUCGACCUACUCUCUUCGUCAUUCAUCAUCGCAUAGAGACAAAUAGUGUCCUAAUCAUAGUUUUCGAGGGGGGAACUUCGUUCUCGCGGUGCUGCACGAAAUCGAUUCUUCCUAGAAUAUUCAACGACGUGUUAGCGAGCAUCGCAACGGACUGGAAGGAAUGCGGGGAUGCCUUAUACAGCAUGAAUAACGUGGCCAAUCUCUCGCAUCGUUUCUCCAAUUUGAUCAUCGGCUUACACUCAACGGCCGUGCUGUUCUAUGGCAUUGGCGUCAUCGCCCUGCGCAGCGACGACGUCAUCGACGCUGCCGAUCGUGAACUUUUUCUCAAAAUGGAGUUACCCUUCGACAGUGGCACGUCGCCAAUUUACGAGGUCGUCAUGACCACGCAAUUCCUGCAUCAAAUGACGGCUGCCACCGUGAUCGGUGUGCUCAGUGCACUGCUCGUUACGCUGGUGCUUCAUGUAGGUGGACAAGUAGACAUUUUACGAGAAAAAUUAGUCAUUUUACCAAAGGCAAAGAAAACAUCUGUCUCCAUGAUUAUAGGCUCCUUAAUUCGAAAACAUCAAAACAUCAUCAUUUUCACUGAAAAGAUUGAGAAUCUAUACUCAUACAUUGCGCUAGCCCAAUUCAUAUCAAAUACUCUCGUUAUAUGCUGCUUGGGUUUUAUCAUCGUAAACUCGAUCAGCGCCAAUGAAGGCUCUUCUAUGUUAGUGAGAUCUCUUUUAUUUUACGUCGUCAUUAAUUUAGAAGCAUUUAUUUUUUGUUUUGCUGGCGAAUACUUAAGUAUCAAGAGCAAGAUGAUCGGUGACGCGGCGUACGAGUCUCUAUGGUACGAUUUGACUCCCAACGAAAAUCGAAUUCUUCUAUUCUUGAUAAUGAGGUCACAAAAACAACUGACUAUCACCGUUGGCAAGUUCAUGAAUCUCUCUUUGCAACAAUUCGCAAAUAUCAUUAAAUCGUCAGCAUCAUAUGUCUCUGUGCUACACGCGUUGUAAUUAUAAUUAUUAAUAUUGAAUUACUUGAUACCGC